GCUCUAAUCUAGGUUAUCUGGCUGUAAUCAGCUUAGCCCACUGCUACACUCGCUGCUGCUGGGUGGGCACGCUGUGUAGUUUUAGUCUGCCUCUUUUCUUACUGCCAUUCAUGCAAACCUCUUGCAGGUGUAACAACUGAGAAGGCACGUUUCUCUCUUGUCUGGAAGACCGAUCUGUGGCAAUGGCUGACAGUGAGAAAAUGGUUCCAACUAAGGUGUUGCCUACUGCAGACGUGUACCCUAAAAGAAUAAUGGAGUAUAUCGAAGGCUUCCUCAUCUCCAAGACAUUGUUCACAUCCUGCGAGCUGGGUGUGUUUGAUGUGUUAUUGGGUUCAGAGCGCUCCCUGUCUGCAGCAGAGAUCAGUCAGGCUGUGGGUGCGAGUCUGGAUGGCACAGAGAGGCUGCUGGCUGCCUGCACUGGCAUGCAGCUCCUCAACAGACACCAAGACAAUGGGAAAGUGUCUUACAGUAACACUGAGCAGGCCAGGCUCUUCCUCACGCGCUCCAGUCCUUUGUCCCUCUACCAGUCCAUCCAUUACCAUUCCAAAACAAUCUACCUCUGCUGGCACUAUCUGACUGAUGCCGUCAGAGAGGGAAGAAACCAGUAUGAAAAGGCUUUUGGAGUCAGCUCUGGAGACCUGUUUGAAGCAAUCUACAGGUCGGAUGAGGAAAUGGUGAAAUUUAUGCAGUUAAUGCACUCCAUCUGGAACAUCUGUGGUAAGGAUGUGGUCACAGCCUUUGACCUUUCACCCUUCAAAGUCAUCUGUGACCUUGGAGGCUGCAGUGGGGCAUUAGCCAAGCACUGCACGUCAGCCUACCCAGAAUGCACUGUGACAAUCUUUGACCUCCCCAAGGUGGUGCACAUGUCGAAGGAACACUUUAUCAAGGAGGAUGACCAGAGGAUAAGCUUUCAUGAAGGGGACUUCUUCAAAGACUCUCUACCAGAAGCUGAACUCUAUAUUCUGGCAAGAAUCCUCCAUGACUGGACAGACGAACGCUGCGUAGAGCUACUCCAGAGAAUCUAUAAAGCAUGCAAACCAGGAGGUGCUGUGCUGGUGGUGGAGGCGCUGCUCAAUGAGGAUGGUUCUGGCCCGCUUACAGCUCAGCUUUACUCCCUGAACAUGCUGGUGCAGACGGAGGGCAGAGAGAGGACAGAUGUUCAGUAUGCUGCCCUGUUGACUGCUGCCGGAUUCACCAACAUCCGGCACUGCCUCACUGGGAAGAUCUAUGAUGCGGUGCUGGGACACAAAAAGGCAUAAGAUGAAGAAAAAUGGAUGCUCUACCAGGAGUGAAGCCUCACAUCACCUGUGGGGGGGGGGGGGGUGGAGAAUCACAUUCCCUUCCUGUGUGUUUUCACUUUUCCCAUGAAGUUUCAAAAUGAAUAAAUUCUUCAGCAUGA